AUGGCGGAGCAUGAUAUGACCUCGCCCCUCCUUUCUCCUCGAUCGUCCGAUCAACCCCAAACUGUCCUCAUCGUCCCCGACGACGAAGAUUCCGAACCCGCCGACCGGCCGCCAUCGAAUCAGCAAUCUUCCCUCCAAGCGGGCAUUCCUCUUCAAAAUUAUAAUCACAGCUACGGGAACGGGAACGGGAACGGCCACGUCAGCUCUCCGAAUCCAUACGAGUUUCUCGGGUCGGACGGGUUCUCGGUUCCGGCACCAACCACGAUUGAUCCGUUUCGAAACGGGACGCCUUUUGUUUCUGGGGUUUACGAACUGAUAAAGAUAUUGCUGUGUUUGCCGAUUGCUUUAGCGAGACUGGUCUUGUUUGGGGCGUGUUUGGCAAUAGGUUAUAUCGCGACCAGGAUAGCGUUAGAAGGGUGGAAGGAUAAGCAAAAUCCCAUGCCGAAAUGGAGGUCCAGAAUCAUGUGGGUCACCAGGGUUUGCGCUCGCUUUAUUCUAUUCUCUUUUGGCUAUCAGUGGAUUAGAAGAAAAGGAAGACCAGCUCCAAGGGAGGUUGCUCCAAUAGUUGUAUCUAAUCAUGUAUCGUAUAUUGAACCUAUUUUUUAUUUCUAUGAAUUAUUUCCGACAAUUGUUGCGUCGGAGUCCCAUGAUUCCAUACCCUUUGUCGGAACUAUUAUCAGAGCAAUGCAGGUGAUAUAUGUUAAUAGAUUCUCACAAGCAUCAAGAAAGAAUGCUGUAAAUGAAAUAAAGAGAAGGGCUUCAUGUGAUACAUUUCCUAGACUGCUACUUUUUCCUGAGGGAACUACAACUAACGGGAAGGUCCUCAUUUCAUUCCAACUUGGUGCAUUCAUCCCUGGUCACCCAAUUCAACCCGUAAUUGUUCAUUAUCCCCAUGUACACUUUGAUCAAUCUUGGGGGCUCAUUUCUUUGGCUAAGCUCAUGCUUAGAAUGUUUACUCAGUUUCAUAAUUUUAUGGAGGUAGAAUAUCUUCCUACCAUUAUGCCCCCUGAUCAUCAAAAGCAAAAUGCUGUACUCUUUGCUGAGAGGACUGGUCAAGCUAUGGCAAGUGCUCUCAAUAUUGUACAAACAUCUCAUUCCUAUGGGGAUUUAAUGCUCCUCAUGAAAGCUGCUCAGUUACAACAGGAAAAGCCUUGGAGUUAUAUGGUUGAAAUGGCCAGGAUUGAAUCGCUGUACCAUAUAAGCAGUUUGGAGGCUGUGGACUUUCUGGAUAAGUUUCUUUCCAUGAAUCCAGACACCAGUGGUUGUGUUAAACUUCAUGAUUUUUUGAGGGUUCUACAACUAAAGGCUUGUACACUUUCUGAAGAGAUAUUUGGGUUCCUUGAUGUGGAGAAGAAUGGAUCAAUUACAUUUAAGCAGUUCUUGUUUGGAUCAGCUCAUGUUCUGAAGCAGCCAUUAUUCAGGCAAGCCUGCGAACUAGCCUUUGCUGAAUGUAACGUGGAGGGAGAGAACUACUGUAUGGAGAAAGAUUUGGCAGAUAUUUUAAGACACGCAAUUCCAGAGUUGAAUGAAGAUGAGAUCCAUGGGCUGUUCAAUUUAUUUGAUACAGACAAGGAUGGGAGGAUAAGCAGAGAUGAUUUCUUUUCCUGCCUGAGAAAGAAUCCUUUGCUGAUAGCGCUCUUCACACCCAGAUUGCUGCAUAGAGACACGUCCAAAGCUGGUGAUAGAAUACUGGAGGAGAUUGUGUGAUGUAUGGGCCGUUGUCUUUCACAAUAGAUAGGUUUUGGAUUUUUGUGUACUAUCUUCUUCACUUGUUGGGUUUUCUUGGAUAUGGAAGGGAAUGGAUUCUUGCUUAUUGUCAUAAGUCUUUUAAAGAACAUGGGCCUAAUAGGUUUUUUUGAUGUUGCCCAUGUUGUUGCUCACAUGAACGAAUAUUCAACAAAUAUAAUUGAUUUGCAUUUACUUCUUCUAUAAA